AUGCCUGCGGUACCCCGCCGUCCCGAGCCUAGCCGAGCGCCGCAGCUGGUGCAGCCCCCGAUGCCGCCGCCGCCGCCGCCGCCGCCAUCGACCGGUAGGCCCGGUGCUGUGCCUGCCCCGCCGGCUUCAUUCAACGCGCACCAACAGCAACAGCAGCAACAGCGGGGUCGAGGGCAGCCGUUCCCGGCGCCGACGAACUUUGCCGGCCGCUCUCCGCCGCCCUCUUCCCCGUCUACGUCGUACGCCUUCUCUAACGCAACCUCCUCCGCCUCCAACUCCCAGGCCGAAGGGCAGGAGCAGCUCCCGGGUUCCGUUAGCUUCAACCACGGCGGGCCGGCGGCGGCAACGGCGGCGGCGGCGGCAGUGCCGGCUUCCCCGCCACCCCCGCAGGCGUUGUCCUUACCGGGCGAAGGCGGCGGCGGCGGUUAUGUUCAACAGCAGCAGCAGCAGCAGCAGCAACAGCAACAACCACCGGAGAAUACGGUGGAUGAGCUGAGCGACCUACUGUCGAGCCUGAACAUGGCCAAAUUUAGGUGA